AAUGUAUCUUUCGAUAUUGAAGUAAUCACAGUUUAUAAACAUAUGAAUGUAACUACCCGAUUCCCGUCACUUUGACAGUUUAAUGUUGUUUUCGUUCGUAUUAGUUUAAUUUCAGUUUUGUUCAAUUCGUUUUCAAGAAAUGUAUUUAUCAUGGUUUCUGGAGAGGAUUGUACUUAUAACGAUGCAACAGAGGAUUCUAAUGUAACGUCUCUGCAGUCAGAUACUAGUUGCAUAAUUAAUACUAAUAAUCCGGAAAGUGAAUGCGUAAAGGAAGAGAAUAAUUUUGAACAGUUUAAUCGUACGUAGAAUAAAAAUAUAAUAAACAAUUGUAAUAGGAAUAAUUUACAAGUUAAAGCACGUAUGAUUUGAAUUAUAUAUUACUCAUAUGCAGUUAAAGACUGUAAAUGUUACGAGGUAUAUUCACCAGGGAAUUGUGGAAUACCUCCAGAACACUGUGGGAGGGCCAACACUGUACAGGAAUCACCUAAGAAUUUAGAAAAAAACCAAUAUACAAUGAAACAAAUGGAAUCCACUAAUCCAUGCUUGUGUCGUACUCACAAGAUGUAAUAUAAGAAUUUUUAUUUUACACAGCAAAUACUGAUUAAACAUUAUUCUUUUAGCAAUGCCUAUACAUUACCUUUAAAACACAAAAAUGGUAAUUACUUUAGUUUACUAAAUUUUAUUAAGCCCGUACGUUAGUUUUUAAUCUUUGCUUCAUAUAAAUGAAAACUUUGUAUGCUCCUGAUAAUUAUUCCAAUUAAAGUAUUAUGAAUUAAUUGUUUAUCUCUUUUUUUGUAUUCAUUAUAAGCAUGUUUGAAAUGAGUUUUCAGGUUCACGUUCACGACCAUUUUGGUGUCGUUUUAGAUGGAAAUGGCCUAAAAAAUCAUAUAUAGAGAAGAAAGAUGCAAUGUACGAAGUAAACUUGAAACCAACAAAAUGUCCUCAUUACGCAGAGCCUUUCAUGUACUGCGAAAUGUCAGAAGGUAUACCUAACAAAAGAAAACCAAUUUGUUCUAAAGUAACAAAAUCCAAAGUAAAAGAAGCAGACAAAGAGGAAAAAGUGACAGAGAAAAUUGAAAUCUAUUACUUUGAUCAUGGGAAUUCUGCAUAUUAUCGUACCACAGAUUCACCACCAAUAUUAGCAACUGAAAGAUGCGCAGAGAAGACUGAUCAGGCAGCAACACGCUUCUGGGCUGAAAUAUUUGGAACGAUUCACAUAGGCACCGCUUUUGUGACAGCAUUUAUUUUACAAUUCCUUCGAUUCAUACUUUAUAGUAUAAUUAGACCACUGACCGUGGGUAUUUUGCAAAUGUUGGCAGAUUAUUUCAUAAAGCCUUGUUUGUCUAUCGUAUUCAAUGCUUUGAUACAGCCAGUAUUGAUACUCUUAUACAACAUCGCAACCUCUUUCAAGGAUCUUUGCGAACCUAUCGCAGAAGCUUUAGGUCUGUUUUUACGUGAGAUUGCUAAUGUAUGCGCAGCAAUUAGAAUCGUGGAAGUUAAACAGGGUACUGCUCCUUCGGCUGUUUGCACUUAAGUCAAGUACGUAAACAAGAUUUUU